AUGACAUCAGCUCCAGGAUUGGCCUUCGCCAACCUCACGUUGAUGUUGGACCUGCCACAGCUACCGGCCAUCUUCUUUGUUAACGUACGGAACAACUUCCAGGUGCUGAUGAACGAGAUUAAACUGAACACAGUGGAGAAUGAAGAAAUAUUCUACCCCCAUAACAGAAUAAAUUUGCAAAAUGGGAAGAUCAACAAAAUGGGCCGAACUAGGAAAUACAGCAACAACAGGAAUUGGCUCUUCGGUACGCCCUUCUAG